CUCCAGCCCACCUUCCGUCACAGAGCCCUUUCUUUUCCCCUCCCGCCCCCAAAUCCCAAUUAGGGGGAGGACCAUGAGUAAGUGGGUGAGCAAAGGCGACUGGCUGUGCGCACUACAGAGACACAGUAGUAGUGUCUAUCUAUCUAUCUAUCUAUCUAUCUACCUAUCUACUACUACUUUACACAGUACGCGCACACACACUCAGCUGUCCCUCCCCUCCCCUACCGAGAAACUGGUCCACCGCAGCGGAAUUCUGGAAGAGCUAGCCGGGUGCCCACUCUCCUGCUUGAUAAGUCGACGGAACAGGUGAAAAGGGGAUCGGUUUUUUUUUUCGAAAUUACAAAAAUGUAUGUAUCAAGAGGGCCAAAAGCUCCACCACAGGUCGGCA